CAGAGAAGCGCGUGACCGCAGGGACUGUGCAAAGAUAGUCUGACAUGUUCGCACGCUUCGCAUUAUCCUGUCUCUUGGCUGUAUUUUCCGUCUGUGCGCAAGACAAUAGGACCACCGUUUCACUGUCAUCUGGUCUGCAGAUUGUUGGCUUAAAGACGACAACCGUGAGGGGAGUCCCAUACUUCAGCUUUCGUGGGAUUCCUUACGCCGUUCCUCCGACUGGAAAAUUGCGCUACACGGAUCCCAUACCUUACUCGUCUAAUGGCAGCGUGGAGGCACUGGAAGACGCGCCGCACUGCGCCCAAGAGAGCGGCGGAAAGGAGGACUGCCUCUACCUCAACGUCUACACACGGCAGCUCGACGGAUCGGAGGGAGGUGCAGCAGUAAUGGUGUAUCUCCAUGGGGGUGCACUCACCAGCGGUUCUGGAGAUUCGACUGUCUACGGUCCUGAUUUCUUCCUCGAAGUGGACGGUAUCGUAUUCGUCACCCUCAACUACAGACUCGGCGCAAUAGGUUUCUUGAGCACCCAGGAUUCCGUCAUCCGAGGGAACUACGGCUUCAAGGACCAGAUCGUCGCCCUACGGUGGGUGCAGCAGAACAUCGCCGCGUUCGGCGGUGAUCCCGGAAGAGUGACGCUGAUUGGGGAGAGUGCGGGCAGCGCGUCCACCUCCCUGCACCUGAUGUCGCCUCUCUCUGCAGGUCUGUUCCAGAGGGCUAUCAUGCAGUCGAGCAGCGCCCUCGGACCGCGGGGAGUGGCCACGACUGCUCGGGACAGAGCCUUCCGGUUGGCGGCCUCCAUUGGCUACCGGGGCGACAAUGGGUCCUCAGAAGAACUUUUGGCCUUCCUACGGGACGCAGACGUUGCUGACCUUGUCAGAGAUGAUGACCGUGCUCUCUCGGAUGAGGACAAGAAACGGUUCAGCACAUUUGCUUUCCUGGCCGUCGUGGAGGAGGAAUGGGAAGGUGCUUUCAUCACGGACAUGCCAACUGGAAUCCUGGAAAGCGGACACGUCAACCGCGUGCCGCUCAUCGCUGGCUUUAAUUCUGCCGAGGGUCUGGCCACCGUUAACGCAAAAAACGUGUUCUUGGACGAGGAAACGAUCGCAGCUUUCGACGCCAGCUUUGUCGAUACGAUCAGCUUGGACGUCACCGCAGGCGAUGAGCAAUACCGUCAGGAGGCCGCACUGAAGAUCCGCGAAUUCUAUUUUGGCCGUGACCCAAUCAGCAGUGAGGACUUCAACCGUCUUGUUCAAGGAAACAACAGCGCUCCCGCUUCUUCCUGGAAGCAGAAUUUACACAGGAACCCAACACCGAGCCCUGUGGACGGCGUGACGUGGCAGCCGUACGGAAGCGACGCCGAGCGCCACUACCUCAUCGUCGACACGACGCUGGUCGCUGCCAACGACGUCUACAGUGUCAGGAUGGACUUCAUGCACUCGGUCAUGCACCCUCCUGCAGAUGCGCCAGCAAGCACGUCGGCAGCACUGUACAAGAGGGACAUAACGGCUUUUAUGCUGCAGUUCGUAAUAUUGCUGUGUAUUUCGCUUUAA